AUGGACAUUUCACGAGCAGGAGUCGAGCCGGCGGUGGUCAAGUUCUACCGUCAAUACAUGCAGCAGAUCAGUGACGUGACUUAUCCACCGGGCAAUCUCCUCGUGAAGCAGGAUGUGCAGGACAGUCUGUACAAGUAUUUCUUCGACGGCUCUCAGAACAAAUUCCUCCCUCCGCCACGGUACCAGGCGAGGAUUCUGAAACGCAUCAUCGAAGAGAUCGAAAAGUCAUGUCGAGACCCUGACCAAGAUCAAGUAUCGGACCGGUUGAUGGAGCAUAUGGGAUACCUGGCCACGAUCCCGCGCCAGCCGGAUUCAGACGAGGCCCAGCAGAUGCUCGUGCACUCGUAUUUCCCGCCGCUGCCUCUCGACGAGCCUGGCGUCCGACCGGUGCUGAUCAAGGAAGCAAGAAACCUGCUGUCGCGAGGCACCAAUGUUGGGCUCCGUACCUGGGAAGCGGCCCUCCACCUUGGAUGGUACCUGACUGUCCAGCGGCCAGACCUAGUGCGGGACAAGACUGUGUUCGAACUCGGCGCCGGCACGGGGUUCCUGUCUCUUCUGUGUGCUGGCCAGCUCGGAGCAGCCCACGUCGUAGCCACCGACGGUCUAGCGCACGUCUGCGACAUUCUGCAAGCCAAUGUCGACUUGAACCGGGACAACUACAACGGUAGUGGCAGUGGCAGUGGCACUGGACCUGGCACUGGCCCUGACCCUGGCACUAGCAGUCUUUUCCGCGCGCCUGAAGUCCGACUACUAGACUGGACGGACCGGCCUGAACUUGACCGGGUCAUCGCCGAGGCGAAGGCGUCCGGCGUCCGCUACGACCUGGCCAUCGGCGCCGACAUCACCUAUCACCCGGACAUCUUGCGCCCGCUGGCCGAACUGCUCGGCGUGCUCAAGGACCACUUUCCAGGAAUGGCCAUUCUCAUCUCCGCCACCAUUCGCAGCGAUACCUUCGCCCAGUUCACCUCCAUCUGUCGGAACGAGGUCGGCUUUAAGGUCGUCGAGCUGCCCUGCAACAUCCCCGACGGUCUGCGGUGUUCGGGACUCUUCCAUUCUGUAGCCACGGAAAUCAAAAUCGUGUCACUGGAGCGAUGA